AUGUCUGUAGGUGCGAUUUGCGCAUCCCUAGCAACCAGCGCUAUAAUUCUGUUCUUCUAUAAUUCUUAUUGGAAUCCGGUGAACCGGAUAACCAAGAUAGUGGUCUAUGUUGUGGACAUGAUGGCGUUGUUGUCACUGCCGUUUCUUUUGGGUGCUGGUCUGAUGAUCGCGUUCCUUUUGGGUGCUGGUCUGAUGAUCGCUAUGUACCCAACCAGCUGCAUUGAACCAUCUCUUCACUCUGCGUCCCGUCUCGUCUCCACCAGUGGCUUUGUGAGCGAACUAAUGUGCUCGAUCAUCGCUCGUGAAUCGCUCCCAUUGUGCAGUGUCGUCCUGGAGCGUUCCAUCUUCCCAGUGCUCAUCCUGAAAUACCUGAUCGUGCUGUGUGUGCUGACCGCAGCCUACAUAAUGCUUGCAUACCUUAUCGAGUACUGCAUUAAGCACUGGUUCCCACCGUCCGAUCGCGAUGAGGUGAUGCAGCGUGCUCGAAUUUUGGUUGAAAGCGCUUGA